AUGCUCGUGAAGGCAGCCUGGCUCCUCCUCGUCGCUGCCGCGAGCGCAGAUGUUUACAUGCACACCCUGCGCGGCUCCAACAACCGGCUCGACGAGGGCGACGGCAACGCCAACAACCAGAAUCGCCUCUUCGACUCACAGAAUAAUGCGGCGGCGAGUUCGGCUCUCGCUCGCUCCAAGCCUGUUCUCAAGUGGACGACCCAGCACUCGUGCGGAUCCGAGAACGCCGAGUGCCAGAUCGUCAUUCAGUGGAUGUUCAACGACGACGACUCCACGCCUGCUGGGCUGCCUCCCGCGCCCGACGGAGUCGGAGAGGGGCCGCUUCGCGACGGAACCGACGGCAAUACGCAGAACGUCAACGCGCCGCUCCUGAUCCGAGGCCUACAUGAGCCGCUCUCCUACUAUCGCAUGUGCGAGGAUCGGAAGCGGAACGGUGGCUUGUACGCCGCAGACCAGGACAUCGACAACGACAACACCGAAGCAGACGAGACUCGGCAAAACCCAGACGGCACGAGGUACGGGUACGAGUGCCCCGAGGAGCGUGACUACUAUCCGUACUGGCACCCCUCCCCAUGGCGCGACAUUGCGGUCCUGACCAACAACCUCGAGAUGCAGCCCUUCUACGAAGCCAACUCGCAGAACGUCGCCGAGAAGAACUACUGCGCGGGUGAGUCGAGCAACCCGGAGCGCUGGAGCAACGGCAUUCGCGAGGCCAACUCGGCGAGGCGCUGCGGCGAGGCUGGCGGAGAUUGGGUGGCAGCAGAGCCCUUUGGCACCGAUACCGUCCAG